AUGCCGUACUUUACAUCAAGCGAGGAAUGGCAACGCCAAUCUGCUCUGCUUCUACAAGCAAGACCUAAUACUACCCGCAUAACAACAAAAUACCACAUCCCCCACUCCUCCACAAUCUCGUCAAAACCUACCACCACCACCGACCAACCCUCUGCUCCCACCAACACAGAACCAAAACAACCAAUCGCCUAUCUAGAACUAAAAACCUACGACCCCCUCUCCGGCACAACACUAAAAUACAAAACCGACAAAGCAGCAGAAGUAGGAAGACUUGUUGCUGCAAUGGGAACUCUGGGAAGAGAAAUGGCUGCAUUGCCAGAAGUAAAAGAAGAUGUCACCAUGACGGAUGCGAUAACAGAGGGUGUAGAGACGAUUGUGGAUGCCGUGGCUAGUGUUGUGACGCCUGCUGCAACAUCUGCGCAAAACACGGCUGGAAAGAAGAAGAAAAAGGGAAAGAAGUAG